AUGGGGGUGGCAUGGGAGCUACUGGCCUUUGUCUUCCGGGUCCUUCAGACACGCCAUCAGGACAGCGACGUAUACAGCACCCUCCACGUCAUAUUCUUCCUUCUGGCGCCUAUCUGGAUCAAUGCUUUCAUCUACAUGACUCUGGGGCGCAUGAUCUAUUACUACGUACCUGAACGGAAAUUAGCCGGCUUGUCUGCCCGUCACUACGGUAUGCUGUUCGUUGUACUGGACAUCGUUGCCUUUUUGGUCCAACUUGGUGGUGCAUCGCUCACGACCAACACCGGCGAGGAAACAAAGCUCGUCUUGUUGGGCCUACACCUCUAUAUGGGCGGAAUUGGAAUGCAGGAAUUCUUCAUCCUCGUGUUUUUGGGACUGACCAUUUACCUCCACCGGGAAAUUAUCCGAAUGGAAGCGGGCGGGCAAAUUGGCAUGGAGAAGCUUCAAACUGGAAGGUUCUCCUGGCGGUGGCUGUUCUACUCGAUCUAUUUCGCCUUGGGCAUGAUCACUGUCCGCAUCAUCUUCCGCUUGGCUCAAUAUGCCCAGGGGACGUCCGCCAGCAAUCCAGUCUUGACUCACGAAGAAUAUGAAUAUGUUUUCGACGCGGCGCCUAUGUUCCUAGGCAUAAUCGCCCUGAACGUGUUCCACCCUGGUCAUAUCCUGCGGGGACCUGACUCCAGUUUCCCCAGACUAACCCGGGCCGAGAAAAAAGAUCUCAAGGCACAAAAGAAGGCCAUCAAAAUGGAAAAGAAACAGAGACGGAACGGAUCGAAGGGAGAGUUGCUUCCGGAGCCACGGAUGGAAGAGAGACUUGAUGGCUCAGCGCGAUUCUACCAGGUUUAA